GUUAAUCUGUUCACGUGAUGACAUUCGUGGAAUUGAAUCUUUCGCAAGCUAAAGAGAAAAGUAAAAAACCCACAAAACACAUGAACAAAAUGACCUCGAUUUUACAUCAUCAAAAUGGCGGCAAUAAUCUGCACGGCGAUAGUAAGCUGAACGAGUACAGCAAAUCGAAAAAUUCCACUAACGGACGCAUUUCAAAGUCUCGACUGAGCCAUCCGCGGAUCAGCUUUUCGAAAAAUAUUUUUGACGUGAGGGGGCACAUUUUCCUCGAAGGUCUGACCCAAACGACACUAUCGUUUUGCCGUGAGACCACUCUGCAUGGAAUGAAGUAUAUUGUCGCCGACAUCGAAGAAUUGGGAUCGACAUUCAGCAAACAGAAGAGAUUGCGGAAACUGAUAAGUUUAACAGUAUGGGCCAGCGCUGUAAUUGUUGGAGCAGUGUUUGCAAUCGUUCUGAUGGGCUUAGUAUGGAACAGGUUCCAGACCACUCCGACCAUUACGACUGUUGAAACAAAUAACUAUCCGAUAUGGAAUCUUCCGUUUCCAGCCGUAACCAUUUGUAAUAUAAACAAAGUGUAUGCCCCAGCCGCUCAAAAUAUUACGGAUAAAUUAAUCGAAAAAGGGUUAGAAAAAGAAGGAGUGCUCGAAUUCCUUGAAAAUUUAGCCAAACUUAUAACUCCAGAAUACAUUGAUGCUUUAUAUCUGAAAACUUAUCAAAUUCUGGAGGAAAUGGGUUACACAACGGACAAACUAAUGUUUGAAUUGAUGCAACCAUGUAAUCUAAUGAUAAAAAGUUGUGCUUGGCUCGGAAAAAUCAUUCCCUGUGACACAAUAUUUCGAGUUGCAAAGAGUUCGGAAGGAUUUUGUUGUUCAUUCAACUACAAAGCAUUAAAGGAUUCGCUGGAAAUAAACACAGCAAGUGAUACUGUAAACGAUCAGUUGUCCAGUCCCAUUUACCGAGUCACUGGUGCUGGCGAGAAUGUCGGUCUGAGCGCACGUAUUCAUGUCGAUAAGGAGUCGUACGUGGCAUAUAGCAAGUCGUUCUAUGGAGCCAAGGUGCUCAUUCACGAUCCGGAAGAUUUUCCACAAACCGAAGUGACCACAUCUAUCGGACAGCCGGGUUACGACCUAGCGAUUGCCGUUUUACCAUCAGUUAUCGUGAGUCAGCCACAAAUCAGAGGUCUGCCGCAAUUACAAAGAAAUUGUCUGUUCGAAGACGAGAAAAAACUACGCACCACAAACAAAUACAGUUUCCAGAGCUGUAUGAACGAGUGCACUGUGGAUACAAUCUUAGCAAAAUGUGACUGCUUGCCGUUUUACUAUCCAGAGUCAGAUAUAAGGGUAUAUGCCAAGAGAUAUCGUCAAUGUUCGUUGCACGAUGUCAAAUGUCUACGAGAUAAUCGACAUAUUUUUUCGAGUCUUCAGCCACCAGCUAACAUUGACGCUUUAAAUGAAACUAAUCUCGGGAUGCAGUGCUCGUGUCUGCCGAGCUGUUCGGAACAUAGAUACGAGGUUCAAACCAUUUUAUCCAGAAGAUAUCCAGAGGACAAACUGAAUUCGACAACGAUCAAUCAAAAACUAGUCGAUUUACACGAAGCAACCACACUGAGUGUUCAUUUCAAAGACUUAACUUGCAUAAAAUACAGACGAGAUAUGUAUAUGACAUGGGAUGGUCUGUUAGCUGCAUUUGGUGGUAUUUUCGGUCUAUGUUUGGGUGGAUCCGUGUUGAGUUUGGUGGAAAUGGUUUACUAUUUCACUUUGCGCCUAUUUAAUCGCGUCGUCGCAAUCAUACAAAAAGAUCAACCACCGACGCGACAAGUUUCUCCUGUGAAAAAACAUAAGCCAAAUUAUAGUGAGAAACAAUCAGACUUUGCACCAUUGAAAAAGUCGACGAUGUCAGACUCAAAGCUACAGACAUUUGGUAAGAAUAUCAUCGAAUAUGAACCAUUUACUGUUCGUGCGAAGGGUGUCGAUGCAUUCAAAAAACUUCAGAGUCAGGGUCAUAACAAUACUUUUGUAGGUGAGAGAUUUUAUUUGAAAUAAAUGAUUUGAGAUGGAUAUAAGUAACGGAAAAAGUUUUU